GGGAGUGCUUUACCGCAGUAUCACUAGAUUUCUGCACCACUCAUCAAAACUCUGCGGCAUGCAGACACAAGAGCUGGGGGGGAGGGCAGUUUACUAGGUCUGUGCUGAGAGUAGGACCGCUACCUCUGUCCAUUUCUUCUGUUGUCAGGCAGGCUGCAGAGCUGUUUUUACUUUAAUUUGUGCGUGUUGAGUUUUUAAUUACCUCUCCUCCUUUACGGUGGUGCAGCAGAGCUCCCUCCCUCUCUCUCUCUCUCUCUCUCUCUCUCUCUCUCUCUCUCUCUCUCAGCUGCUGUCUGGCAAUUGUUUCAAGCCGGCGCUUAUUGCAUCAGGGCUCAUUCACUAGGGGUGUCCCAACUUUUAUGACAAAAUGGCAAAGGAUGGAGAGAAAAACGAGUGGAAGGACUUUAUAUGGAACCCGAGGACGAGGGAGUUUCUCGGCAGGACGGCGAGCAGCUGGGGUCUUAUUCUUCUCUUCUAUGUAAUUUUCUACAUCUUCCUGGCUGGCUUGUUCGCGCUCACCAUGUAUGUCAUGCUGCAGACCCUGGACGACCACAAACCCACCUGGCAAGACAGGCUCUCCACACCAGGCAUGGUGAUUAGACCCAAAGCGGACGAGACCUUUGAGAUUGUCUAUCACACUAAGAACACUGAGAGCUGGGACAUGUACACUCAGACGCUGGACAAGUUCCUGUCACCCUACAACAACUCCAUCCAGGCCCAGAAAAAUGAUGAGUGCACCCCAGACCAGUACUUCCUGCAGGAGGACAGCAACGACGUGAAGAACAACCCGAAGCGCUCUUGUCAGUUCAACCGCACCAUGCUGGAGGAGUGCUCUGGAAUCAAUGACCGUUACUAUGGAUACCAGGAGGGCAAGCCAUGCAUCAUCAUCAAGCUGAAUCGGGUGAUUGGGAUGCGGCCAGGACUGAACGGACAGGCUCCGUAUGUCACCUGUGGUGCAAAGAGAGAAGACACUGACAAAAUUGGAGAGUUGGUGUACUUCCCUCCAAAUGGCACAUUCAACCUUAUGUACUAUCCUUACUAUGGCAAGAAAGCUCAGGUGAACUAUUCUCAGCCUUUGGUUGCCGUCAAGUUCCUUAACAUUACUGUCAAUCAAGACGUCAACAUCGAGUGCAAGAUCAACGCCAACAACAUUCCAAUUGGAAGUGAAAGAGACAAGUUUGCUGGAAGAGUGUCUUUCAAGCUGAGGAUCAACACUAACUAGGUUGACCUUUUUCCUCUCUUGAAAAUCACUUUCUUCAUUCUCUGCAACACUGCACGUGCACAGAAACAAAUCACAGUAUUCACACCCUUUGUAGGUUUUGUUUACACAUUGUCCAGUUGUGUUCUGAGAUGAGUUGAGAAUAAAAGGGUGGUAAUCCUGUCAUUAUUUCUGUCUGUGCGCUUUGGGACAAAUUCUUUCCUGUACAUUAGUUUGAGGUGAUGUCUAUUUAUACUGCAUGACAAACUAGGGGAUAUAAAGGAUGUGAACAUGUGUUUUCAGAGUUUGCAAGGAUCAGCAACAUUACCACUUUAUUGCUGCUCCCCUCCUGCUGCCUCCUUAUAGAGUAUCCCUCUAUAUAUGAAUAUACACAAAUUACAAUACAAAAUGUGUAUAUCUACAGUAUUUAUACGGUAUCAUAACCUUAUAUCAGUACAUCUAUUUUGUUGCACUUAAAAGAAUAGUCCAACCGACUCGUGUAUAUCUUGAUGGAUGGAUGCAGAGAUGAAGCCAUUUUGCAUGUGUGUAUUGUCUUUAGUGUGCUUUGAGGGCAGGAGGCCCUUGUGUCCCACCUCUCUGCUAAGUGUGAAAUAUGGUUAUGUCAAAUCACUGACCACCAGGAGGGACUGCACUGUAAUCUUCUAAACUACACGCACAGCCAGUAUGUGUUUCGAAAACAACAUACACUAAGAUUGAAAUCUUUAAAGAAAAAAAAAAUUUUUAAAAAGGGAGUUACAGUAGAAUUCAAAAACUUUAAGUGUGUGUGUGUGCGUGUGUGUGUGUGUGUGUGUGUGUGUGGUUGUCUGUGUGUGUUGCUGUUUGUGUGUGUGUUCCAUUCACAGUUCCCAUCUCAUACUGUAGGUCGGGAAAUUGCAUGCAAUGUGCAAUAUUCAUUAAGUGGCAAACAUUAUGAAUGCUUGAGUCCGUUCUUCACGUGAGAGGACUUGGAUUAAAUGAUAAUCAUUUUGGAUCAUUUCAUAUUCAAACUGGUUGUUUGACCUGAGAGCAGCCUGUUAAAAACAGGGGUAUUUGGGUUGCUGCGAAUGCUCAUAUCAACGCAGCUGACGCCAAACGAACUCUGAUGGGAGACAGGACGUCAGUUAUGUCUCAUCUUGACAACAUUACCUUAAGUAAAUUCAGCUCCCUGGCUCCCCCCAGACGAAAGUUAUCAGCUCAAACAACCAUGUCAACAUCACGUGAGAACAGCUAAAAUGAUCCUCCUGCUGCACAAUGACGUUACACUCCCUGACACUGUCAUUUCAUUCCUAAAGUUAAACCAGGAACCAUUUUCUUGUGUCUCAAUUUGUAAUUAAUUUAAACAUGAAUAUUUAGAGUUGUUUUUUUUUUUUUUUUUUGUGUGUGUUGCAUCUAUUUCACAUGUAUCAGAAAUAGAUGCCAUUGUCAUAUUUUGUAUUUAUUUGCACUGGAAGUGUGCUUUUUCCUCUUCUUCUCUCUUCUUUUUUUGUGAUGCUGAGCUGAAUUAAUCAAUGUAUGUACAGUUUCAGAGGAGGAGGACAUAGAAAGUUUGUGUUUGUUCCCUUUGUUUCAUUCAUUCUCAUACUUAGCCUCUAAAAUAUUCGUCCAGGAUAUCAAAAUGUGUAGUUUGCAUCUUCUUUUAAAGGUAAUUAGAGUCUUGAUAAUGUGAAGUGUUUGUCAAUCAGAGUUUUGUUCUAUAGGCCUGUAGGAAAUGACCAAAUCUUGAGAUUUGCUUUCACAUAGAAAAUGAUAUUGUCCCAUGUAAUCCUUUUUUUCUGCAGUAUUCUGAACUGUUGCAUGAAUCAGGCUGACGGCAAAGCCAUCAUGAUAACUAGAUAACCAGUUUGAACAACCAACCUUUAAAACCUUAAAGCUUUUAAAAUUCAUAAAUUAUGCUUGAGUUUGGUGCUGGAGCUGUUUACUUAACCUGUGUUCACUGUGCCGUACAGGUACACAGAACUGAGAUUAGCGGUAGAAAUGUGUGGAGUCACAUUUUUAAACAUUGCCCUGGCGCAGCUACAAAAUUGUAACCAAUCCGACUGUGAUCCUGCCAUGUCACUGCAGCUAAUGUGGAACACAAGCAUCUGUUCACUCACAUUAAGGUUUGGCUUGGCUCCACCAUUUAAUUUCUCUCACAGCAAUGUGUUCCUCAAUAUGCAUGUACAUAUCUCUCGCAGUGGUUUAAAGAGGACCUCAUUAUCUAAUCCAGCCAGACAGACAGAGAAAGAAAGAAAGACAGUUAAAUCUAAUCAAGAUGGAUGCGCCCUAACAUCAUCAUACGCCCUAACAGUCAUCUGAGGCUCUUUUUUGGGCUUUUUGUGACUGACUGACCACUUCACAUGCAUUUCUCCUCUGGCAUCCCUGCAACACUUACUUAAUUUCACUGUAAUCUCUUAAUCUGACCGGCUAAUCCAGAGCAGGCACGCUGAACUUCUUUACCCUACUUUAUCGCUCCUCCUCCUUGUGUCAAACACUUGGUUCACUAUCAUCGUGUUCGAGAUGGAUAAAACAAGGUUCAUUCCUUCCUCAUUUUUUUUCUUCUGUGCAUUCAAUUCCUAUUUUUCCCCAUUCAUUGUUAAACUCAGUGAGGCCCUUUUAAAUCACAACGAAGCAAAUAAAAUGUUUUGCUUCAUCACCUCCAUUUGUUUGACUUAUGUGCAUGUGAAGAUUUGUUCUUCAACCAAAGAUCUUCAUGACAGUUUAAAUAUUAUUUACGUUGCUGCACUGACUCAUCCUGAGCAGCAGAUCUUAGUAAGGAUCUCAGGCAGAAAUACUGUAGGAUCCAGGUGGAGGGCAACAGACCCUGUGUGAUUAAAAGGCCUACUCAUAUAUAAUAAUGAUAAUGAUAAUUAUAGUAAUAAUAAUAUGCACAAAAGGAACAGGUUUCAUUACAACAUAACAGUGCCUCCUGGUGGACAGACAGUGUUGUUCCCCAGUGUCACAGAAUGUUAUUUCCUGUUAUCUCCAUUUAUCCCUUUUAUUUUCUGUGAUAAUUUGGAGAUGUCCUCAAAAAGCAAUAUAUUUAUUUCUUGUGUAUUUAUUGGAAAAGGCUGUAACAAAAUAAACAAAGCGUAUCAUCAAGAGCAAAGGAGAAAAAAAAAGGAAAGAACAUAUGGAUAUUGCAUUCAGGCAGUUUUUGCCUGUGUGUAUUACCAGGAUGGAAUAAUAUAAAAACUGUUGUUUUGUUUAUAAAAGAGUAUUUUUAUUGCUAUUUUGUUGUAAAGAGGAGAGAAUGUAUUCGCUUGGAUUGUAUCAUGUCAUGGGAGCUACCUGGUAGGUUUUCAUCAUUUAGUUCAACAAAUGGCAAAAUGUUAACAGCUUGGUUGGGAAAGUUUUAGGGUUUUUUUAAAUGUGGAUUUUUUUGUCAUUGUUUGAGUCCUUUCUACCUUCUUAAAUUGAGCUUGUGAAGCUUGCAAUGAAAGUUCUCUGAUCACUGGGGUCUGAUGUAUCAGAAUUAAGACAAAGUAUAUUGGUAAUGUGGUAGAGAAAUCAGAGGGAGCAGUGCUUUCAGGGAGCAUUCAAGUGCAGGACAUUAAGACAAUUUAAAAACAAAACUACAACAGGGCCUAGAGCAAAUGUCAGAGAGAGUCAGCUGUUUGCAUUUUAAAUAAGGAAUAAUUUCAAGAAACCUUGUUACCCCCAUCUAAUCCCCUCAUGUUACAUCAUAUUAUUGCCUAAAACUGUGGUGUUCAACCAUAAAAUUUGCUGAAAUAAUCUCACCCAAAAGGAGAAUAAUUCUGUUCUGGAUCUUUAUUUUUGCUCUUACUCUAUGUAUAUUUUGCUCAUGUUUACUGCAAACCAAGAUAGAGAAAUAAAUAAAUGUCAUUUAAGGGAACUCAAACUGAAAAUUAUUUUUUGCCCUCUGCCUCGCAGUCACAUUUCCUUCCGUGUAUAUUUACAUUAACGUCUCAUCGUAAUUACUCUGAAUCAAAAUGUGGUCAGAUUUAGCAUGCUCUUUGUAAGGGGACAGAGAAAGAAACAGGCCAGAGUCAAAAGUAGCGUCAGGUGGAUAUAAGCUAAUGUAAUCCCAUUCACCAUAAUCCUCACAGCCUACAGCACCAGUGGGACCUGUGCGCACCUACUGGUGAAAACCCAAAGGGUGACAUGGUAGUCUGAUUUCCUGAAGUGAAUUAGUGAGAAUCUCAGUUUAUUUUCACAAGAGUAUCAUGAGGAUGUGAAUGUGUAGCGGAAAUACCACCAGCAACACGUCAUCCUCCUACACACAUCACGGGUCAGAGCUCACACAUUCAUGUCUUGGCUUGAUUAUUGUGCAACAGAUUGCUAUUCAUAAUCAUAAAUAUUGAUCCAUCCAAGAUCAAAAAUAUGUGAAUCCUCAUUUAGGUUGGAUGCGUUCCCUUUGGGAGCUGCUUUAACGUAGUCUGCCUCCAACUGCUUGACAAGAUUACAGCUGAAGUGUACUUCCGCUCACUGACCUUCAACCGGCUCCUGUCUCUUGCUCACGCUGUGCCCUCGGGCUCUAUCCUUAUCUCUCCUUUCUUCACUGUCUUCUCCUCAGAAAGAGAGAGCGCAGUCCAGGAAAAGGGAGAGAGCCAGGAUUACGUAGCAUUAGAGGUAUUUGUGGGUUUAAAAUAGUCUGAUCAAGAGAAGUGCCAGUGACUGAUAUUUGCACAUACUAUUCUCUGUGUUACACACGCAUUACUGAAUAAUCUACAACCCGUUAAAAUUCUUUAACGGGUUGUAGAUUAUUCAGGAAAUAUUUAACAUGUUUAACA